AGGAUUAAGGGUGUGCGUUGGGGGCACAGGCUGUCCCGCCACCAGCCGAGCCAAAGGGCCUCUGGGAAGGGCAAGCGGAGGGGCCAGCACUGGCCUCCUCUUGCCACCCCUCUGCUUCACUUCGCCGCCUCGAUUGGCUCCAAACCUCCAAGACCGGGUUUAUGGGCGUUUAGUCGCAAUUGCUGAGGCCAAGACGGGAUGGUAUCUGUGAGGGGGCUCGGUCAGGCACUUGAACAGCAGGGAGAUACAUCUCCAUAUGACCAAAGGAGAAAGUGAAACAAAACGGUGCAGAAGCCAGGGCUUCUAGGAAGAAAGAAAAUGGAAAAGAAUCCAAGGGUGGAUCUGUGUGGAGCUGGGCCAGCCCAAGAUGAGGUGGAGAGCACAGCAAAGCAACCUGUGCCACAAGAGGCCACCCAAGAAACACUUGAGCACCAAGUGACAAGAAGGUGCCCUGAGAAGUCCUGCAAACCAGAGGAGGACUCUUUGGUCUGUAAAUCACCAACUGCUGACAGAGAAGAGACGAUACUGUUGGAUUCAGCUAGCCCCACGGUAGAGGAGAAGGUUCCCCAGGAAACUGAAGUAUCACCAGAAGAAUCUCGGAAGACAAGAGAUGGUGCCUCAGAGACAUCCCAGAAAGAAGAUGACUUGGAUAAAGUAGAGGAGAAGGUUCCCCAGGAAACUGAAGCAUCACCAGAAGAAUCUGGGAAGACAAGAGAUGGUGCCUCAGAGACAUCCCAGAAUGAAGACGGCUUGGAUAAAGCCAGGCUGUCCCACGAUAAAAUGGACAGCAAAGGAGACAGCCCUGUCCACCAGGGAACACAGGAGGACGACCAGGAGAGAAGCAGGCAAUAUGAAAGUUCCUACACAGCAGAGGUCUAUUCUUCAUCAAGAAGCAGAUCACUGAGCUGUGAUAGUGAAAUGACACAUUUGGAUGUGACUGCUGCAGAAGAUGUCACCAAGGGCCUCUUGGCAGAGAAGUGCACCAGUUCCCCUCUCCAAGACUGGGAGCCAGAAGAACACAUAGAGCAAGAAACACAGGAGAGCGGAUCCCAAGGCACGUUAAGGAACAGACAUGGGACCAAAGGGCACACAGCCCCAGAGCCAGAGGCUCAGUCCUGCUUGCAGAACAUCACCACCGAAAACACAGACCAGAAGGCCAAAGAGUCUUUCUUGCUGAAAGGUGAGGAAAAGAAGCUUCCCUUGUGUGUUACUCAUCGACCAGAAGGCACUAAUCCUCCAGGAACAAGGCUUGUCAUCGCGGGCCUUGUAUUGCUCAGCUUCUUCAUAUUCUGCUUCGGCAACCUGACCUCCAAGGCACAGCAAGCCCCCAGGAACCCCACGGUGGAGGCCUUUCUGUCCCAGUUUAUCCAGCUGCAGGACAGGUUUCCGGGGCAGAGUCCCCACCUGUGGCUCCGCGGGCGCAAGUUUUUGCAGAAGCACCUCAAUGCAUCCCACCAUACGCAACCGGCCAUCAUCAUCUUCACGGCCGCCCGCAAGGGUGAGCGGACCUUGCGAUGCCUUAGCGCUGGCGUGGCUGACACCUACUCGGCUGCUCUGCAUGCCAGCACGGUCCAGAUUGAUGGCAUGGAUAAAUCCAGGCUCCAGAGUGACAAGGCCAAGCUGGAGGUGGACUCAGAGCUCAGCUCAGCGUUCCAGGCUGGGGGCCGUGCUGCGGUGAUACACCGCUUCGAGUUGCUGCCGGCAGGGGCCACCCUAAUCUUCUACAAAUACUGCGACCACGAAAGUGCUGCUUUCAAGGAUGUGGCCCUGCUGCUGACCGUGCUGUUGGAGGAGGAGAUGCUGGAGACCCACAUUAGCCUCCAGCAAGUGGAAGAGAGGGUCCGUGACUUCCUCUGGGCCAAGUUCACCGACACUAGGACCCCCAGCUCAUACAACCACAUGGACUCUGACAAGCUGAGUGGGCUGUGGAGCCGCAUCUCCCACCUGGUCCUACCCAUCCACCCGGUGCAGACCAUCGAGGAGAGGGGCUGCCACGUCCACACCCAACCCAAGGGGCAAAGGCUGCCAGAGCCUUAGGAAGGGUUGGAAAGAUGGUCUUGUCUGAGUCUAGUGCAGGCAGAGGCACAGCCAGUGCUAUUUCUCUUCAGUUUGUGUCCUGUACCUUCCUGGGAAGAGUUUGACAGGUGCCACCUGGCCAGAUGAGUCUUGGAGGUGAUAAAUCACAUGCCUCCUUCUGGCAGAUGGGAAGAGUGGAUGUUUUAGACUGCUAAUUGCACAGGAGAACAUCGCUAUGUGGGGAGGCAAAAGGGAAAAUAGGACUUCGCAGGUAGCAUUUCUAUCAGGAAAUACACAAAUAACAUACACAACUAGUACACCAGAAAGGUACUUCAGUGCAGUAGCUCUUUCAUUUCUCCUUUACCCUCAGCUUGCUAUUGUUGUAUACAUCACUCUCACAAUGUACUUUGUCUAGAAGGUUUCUCUCCCUUUGCAGAGAGCAGCUGGAACACAGGAAGGUCAAAUUCCUCAAAGUCCAACAUUUUGAAGGCAUGCUUCAAAAAGAACACCAGUUUGCUAGUCAAAGGUUUGACCAGUCCGUCCUGAUAGAGUCCCACUUGCACAGACUGACUGACACCCAGCAAAGACCAAAUCCUAAAUAUAGGAUGUUCAAACAAACCUGCAAUUCUGAAAACCCAUAAACAUCGAUUACAAGAAAUUUCAGGUUGUCAGCACUUAAACACUGCAGUAAAGCAGGAGAUCCCAUAUGCCAGAAAAUAAUCUCUGAAGACAGAGAGUAAUGAAACAGAAACCACCUUAGUGUCACUCUGAUAGUGUGAAGCCUCAAGGGAUUGCACAGAUACAAGAAUGAGUACAGUUUACUGUAUCUACAGAAUACGGUUUAACUUAGUGCUGCUCUUUAAUGAAAAGUCCAUUCUUGAUCCCUUUGCCACCACAAGGCUGCGACCACCUCUUUGGUCUGAUGCAUCAGCUUUGGUCCUACAUGACAGGUUGCUCCUCAGCUGGAUCUCUGAUCUGUGCAUAGGGCAGGGAGCGGUCUACUUGCCUUUCCCCAGCUAACUUUUAUUGAAUGAAUGUAGAUGUUAAUAUUGAUAUUUAUUUCAAACUAUAUAGGGUAGCACACCAGGUCCCUGCCCUCGAAAGCUGCGUUUACCUCCCUGCUAGGCUGCUGCUGCUCUGGCACACGCCAAAGCAACUAGGAGCAGAGCUGGGAUUAGCUGGUAAAGACAAAAAUCUCUGGUGUUAACACUAAAAAUCCUCAACGAGGCAGGUUGGUUUCUUACCGUGCCUCCUCUUCUGCAUCCCAGGGAGAGAAAUCUGAGUCCUGGAAACACUGUGGAACCCCUGCACACUGCAUUUCUGCAGACACUAUAGGGUAGAGGAGCCAACUCAGGGAACACCUGGGGAGGAGCAGGGACAGGUGCAGGUCACAGUAUUUAUAGUAACCCAACAGCCAGCCCCAGGUGCCAACCCCUUGUGCCUAUGGUGCUGCCUGCCGGAGAAGGAGCAGCUGUAGCAGAGCACAGCUUAUUUCCAUAUCAGCAGCACAGAGCCUUGCAGAGCCAGGCUCUGUGUUUGAACAAGACACAACUCAAGAACACUACAGUGUUUUUACAAGCCGCGCAUCUGAGUGCUCUUUACACCAAACGCACCCAGGCGUUGGCCGGGUCUCCUGCCGAUGGUGCCUUGCUGAUCUGCCCCACUGAUGGCACAGCCGUGCACCCUGAAACCCAGCCCGUCUCUUCUUCCCUCCUGCUGCGUGCCUUGUCCUGUCGCGGGAGAUCUGUGGCCAUUAACUUGGAGGAGGGGACAAAACGAAGGAAAAGGAGGGGGUUAUUUGAUCCUAUUCUAGCCAAAGAACAGACUUUUUGGUUGGUUGGGGACAUGAAGACAAGACCCCACGGGUUUUAACCACAACAAACACUAGGCUAGAUGUGAGAAUUACCUGCUGGAGCCCAGCACCAGCAGGGCAGCCCAGGGCAUGAUUUUGUACAAGACAUGGGUUGCUUCCUCCCCUCCCUCCUUUUUAUUGCUAUACACUACUUUAUUUUGGUAACAGAAAACACUGUUUCUGCUCUGCACGGUUCAGUAUGGGUGUUGAUCUAAGAACCGGCAAAGCGUUAAUCAUGUUAUGUCAGUAUCUUGAGGGAAAUCUGUAUUUUAACAUUAUCUCACGCUCAGUUUUAUGUACUGUGUUUGUAAUGCAUAGCCAAGGUAUGCAAGGGCAACUUUACGCUGCUUGGGCGCAUUGCUGUAAGCAUCAUCCACCCGAGCUGUUCUCAUACAGAUCUAUUUUUAUGACCUUUUAAAGACAAAAUACCUGCUUGCUUCUGAAACAAGGCUUCUAUUUAAAAAUAAAUAAUGAGAUUGUGAAAGAAAACGAGCAAAGUCUUCAAAGUGUGACUGGAGUCUCAACCAGAUCUUUUUUUUUUUCUCUAGCUAUUUUCAGUUUAUUAAGCAAAAAAGAUCGUCAGGUUGGGCAAAGUUUUAUUUAGGUCAGGGCUGUAUUGUGCAAACAAAGCGAAUAUUUACUUUUUCUGGAAAAACCCCAAACAACCUUUCUCUCAGUUGUUUGGGACAAACAUUCUAGCUUUUUCAACUAAGGACAAAACUAAAAACAAACCUACAAACAGCUGCUCAAUUCAACCCAAACUGAAACAUAUUGAGGUUUGCAUAAUACUUAAUAAUUGAACUGAAAUCCACUGUUGACUGAAAUAUUUUAGAAAUACAGAAAGCAAAUAUUUCUCAUUUCAACACCCUUGAUCAAAUCAGUUCCA